AUGCCUCCGCGUGCUAGAGAAAAAUGUGGCGUUUGCCGAGACAGCAUAUCGAAAUAUUCAUGCCCGAAAUGUUCACUUCUUUACUGCUCUAUAAGUUGCUUCAAGGCGCAUAAAGACGGUGGAUGCAACAUCCAGACCACAGAUGUGACUUCAAAUACGAGACUGAUUACUCAACCGUUGUUUGAGUCCUCUGGAGAGCCCUCAACUUCAAAAGGAGCACUUCCUGAAGACUCGCUACCUGCUGACCCGCCACUGAAACGACUCGCGUCGCUCAAUUGGCCUUACGUGCCGGAUGAGCCUUCUCAUCCCGACCCAUUGAAACGCGACGACCCCAAACCUCUCAACCUCCGACAGUAUGAAGCUAUAGCACGCUCUCCGGCGGUUCGUGCUGUGCUCACGACACACCCUCGUCUCAAGGACAUAUUGCGAUCCAUAGAAGCUUUGCGCGGUCUCCACCGUGAAGAGGCUAUCCAGCGUGGAUUGGGCGUUGCUGCAGAUGACCAGACAGGUCGGACCAGGAUAGGUGACCGGCCAAACGAUGAUACGGCCUUUGUCAGUGCGGACGACAAGGACGCGCUCAGACAACUCGCGGAGGCUGUUGAAGCUGUUGUAAGAGGUGGUGAAGGGGGUUUAGGGCUAGACUGGGGUGACACAUAA